AUGGAAACCCCAUCAACCACCCCGACCGAGAUCCCAUUUGUCCAAAGUCCCUUCUGGGGCUGCAGGGGAAAAUAUCCUGUUUUCGUUGUUGUGAGAUCCGAGGCCGCCCGGCUACGACAUAGCGAGGCUGUACGAAGAUCGGGAUUUUAUAAAAGCGAUCCUUUCCUGCCUCUUCCUCCACCUCCCCCCUACAAAACACAACAACAACGCCAACAACAACAAACCCCAGCACAAGCCCAAGCAAUGGCCACCCACGAAUUACUUACCAAUCCACUCGCCGUUCGCAACCCCAAUCCUCUCAAUUUAAUUCCCUUUUCCCUUGCUACCGGUAUUUACUCCCCCGAAGACCGCGAUGUAUACAUAACCUACGCCAACAUCCGACCCGAUCAGCACGUCCCAGGGAUCCCCUCACCAUACACACGAGAGCAACUCGAGCGACGCGCUCUCUACAUUGGUGGUAUACCCGCCGAAUGGCAGACACCGGCUUUCCGGCGCAUCUUCCAGAUCUACGGAACUGUCGAGAAGUGUCCGAUCAUAUUCGAUCUUACAUCCCAGAGUACUUUCCGCUUUGUCAUUAUGAGUACUGCGGAGGAAUGUCGCAAGGCGAGGGAUACGGUUCACGGAUUUGUACUGGAGCACCACGUUAUCUAUACAGCUGAUGCGUUACCAUCUAGCUCUUUGGUUUACCUUCGACGUUUGGAUAUGAAUGCGCCAGCACCAGCGCUUCAAGUUGAAGAUGAAGAUGAACCUGAGAUUGGCGAUCUCGAUGUCAAAGUCAAAGAUGAGAGAAUCGCACUCAGUAAACCAUAUAUAUUUGGCAGUGGAACUCUCGAUAAACCAUCAACUACGCAUCGUCACCCAUCUCCUCCCUUGAUCAAAUUACCUAUCGUCAAGGUACGAGAAGUGGACUUUGAAGAUGAAGUUGAGAUUCAACCCACUACCCGUAAACAUCGACCUGCACCACUCAACCUUACUGGCGCCAACAACAUCACCUCUCGACGUGGUUCUCUUUUACUACCUCCACAAUCGCCAUUCCCUACUCAGAGUAAAUUCGAAUCGAUUGCCGAGACCGAAGAAGGCGCUUCCCCCACACCCACUCAGCCAGUAUUCCAAACCCAAGCCAGCACCUGGGCCGCAAUCGUCAGCAGUGCAUCUCCCAACGGUCGCAACGUCGAUCUGCAUCCCGACACACCUCGAUCGGGUCGACGCCUCAACAGCAUCGGACGCAUCCCCUCCAUUCCGGCCAUCAAACCCGUCAUCCACGAAUCUCUCUCGCACCAAGCACGCGUCGUUCUCAUCCUCAAUAUCCCCACCACCAUGACCCUAUCCGACAUCAGCAAUGCCGUGCGCGAAGGCCCCGUCGUCUGCAUUCGCUUUGGCGUCGAUGCCGAUAGCGGCAGGCGAUUUUCCGGCAUCGUGUUCCAACAUGCGCAGGAUGCACAGUUAUUCUACGAUACGUUGCGUCAGGAGCGAGUAGACAAUAUGCCGAAUCGAUUCCGGUUUAUCGCAGAUUGCGUACGCGGUGAUCCCUUCCCCAUCAACGACGAUAUUAUCGCCAUGGGUGCACCGACCUACGCAAGCCGGCGAUUGACUAUCGUCAAAAAGGCAUUCUUCUUCGCGUUCACGGGUAGAAAUCUACAAACGCUGUGUGAGAAGGAGGUAGGGAAGGAGAAUGUACAAUUAGUUUUCGUAUAUAAUGGUGGGAAUGCCACGGUUGUCUUCGCCGAGGUUUCUGCAGCUAUCAAGAUGAAGGCACGUCUGGAUCGACUUCGAGAUGGGGCUGGGAAUGGAACGAGCUCGAUUUAUGAGGGGUUGCAGGUCACUUACUCCAAGGAUCCUUGUGAGUUGGAGGGAGGACUGAACUUGCAAGCUGCGGAUGGAUACCAUGCAUAA